GAGAGGGGAGGGGCGGGGGUGUUUAGCCGGGUCUCUCCUCUCUCUCUCUGCUGCAGCGGCCAUGCUGCUAUCCACCGUCUGCCUCGGUGCAUCCCGGUCCUCCUCCGGUGCAACCUGCCGCCGCUGCAUCCCUCUCUCCCGGGUAGGCGGGUCAGCUCCCACCGGGUCUGCCCUGUCGUAACGGUUCCUGCGAUUCGCCUGGAUCAACCGGAGCGAACCGGAACACGGCACCGGAGGGAAGGGGAAGAAAGCCUCCAUAGCAACAAACCGGUUACACGGCAUUAUUGGUAGGUGCCUCCCUCUCAGUGUGUGUGUGCGGGUGUGUGUGUUUGAAUGGCGCUGACAGCACAGCUUUAGCAGUGUUUGGGCGGAUAGAUGAAUAAAGUCAAUGAUCUGAUCAGAUAGAGAACACAUAGAUUCUGUUUUUAUUUAUGUGCGAGCUCAAAAUUUCCUGCAGGCUCCAGGUUAUUCCAACCGAAAUGGGAAUGAAUGCAGAUAUCUCCUUCUGGCCUUACAGGAGAUACAGUUCAAUGAAAUAAGGAAGGUGUGUUUAGAUACAGACUCUUUUGCAUGAUCAUUUCGAUUAAACCCUGCAGGCUGUACAUAGAAAGCUCAGAAAAGCACAUGCAUUCAUGUGGUAAAAGGAGCCAAGUCUUUGCAGUGCACAGAGUCCACCCUUGAUUGAAGCAUGUGUUAAGUAAUGAAAAACCACUGGAUUAACUAUAAAUCAUAAUCGUUUUCUGCAACAGGAGCAACAUUCGAGGGCUGAAUCUGCUGGUUGUUGCGUAUCCUUAAGACAGGAUCUCUAAACCAUGUGAUUGUCAUUUCUUUUUAUCAGCGAUGGACGCAUGCUGAGGAUGCAGGAAGACAAAAGUGUGACAAGGACAGGAAUCCAGAGAAUAAUUGGAUUGCAAGAGCAACUGUGGCAGAUCUGAAGCGGGGACUCAACAGAUUCGCACAGGGUCUGCAUAAAAAGGAGCUUUAAAGCCAGAUCACUGGGACUACAGGAAGGUCACUGUAGCGAAGAGACGUCCUGGUCACCAAGAAAAAACGGGGACAUGUGCUGGGAUGAAUGUGGAUUUCAUUGCCUUAAUGUUCUUCACUGGAGCUUGAAAUUAGUUUGAGGAAAACCCUCUUGGGAAGGAGUUUCUUGAAAUGCUAAGACGUUCAAAGAGAACCCCAGAAAUGCAGCAACUUCUGACAGCAGUCUAAGCAUCAGAGAGGCCUUCAAUGAACCACUGAAACUUGACCUGUUGGACUUUGACACUAUCUUCAUCAUCGUCUCGUUGGUAUCAAGUCUGGAAAGGACACUACAAGGACUACUUUUGCUAUUUUUUCGUGUUGCAAUAGAAUUGUGAGUCAAUCUUAAGGAACCAAAGUGAGGACUCGGUAUGUAAAGACAAAAAAACAGACCUUUUUGGGGUCUUCUUGUCCUCAUACCAAGACAACUAGACUACUGAUGGGUUGUGAGAAAGAAAAACCGCUUCUUGAAGACUGAAGUGGAUUGCUUUCCAGAACUGACCUUACUGGUUCCACAGUAGUCUCAGGAUUAUAAUCUUUCCGGGGUCAAAAAAGGAGUUGCCAUUUCUCAAAAGGACUUCCUUGCGGGUUUGUAUAACUAGGGUUUAAGAUUAGGCUCGACCCCAGGUAGCUGAGAUUAGAGUCACAGUUUUAAGCUCUUGGAAGAUGAAUCAAAUGUAGCAAGGACUCUGUUGGACUUGACUCAAUCAGUAUUCGCCAUGUCUUUGAGCAAGACCCUUGAGCUGGAGCACUUCGACGAACGCGACAAGGUUCGUCGUGGACGCUCCCCACGCGCCAAGAGAGAUGACUCCACCAGCAGUGCUGGUGGUGGGGGGUCUGGCCCCAGCUCACGAGGCAGCAGCCUGGUCCCUAGUCCCGCCCAUAGUGCCAACUGUAGUUACUACCGGACCCGGACCCUUCAAGCACUCACCUCCGAGAAACGAGCCAAGAAGGUCCGGUUCUAUCGCAAUGGAGACAGAUACUUCAAGGGUUUGGUGUAUGCUGUUUCGAGUGAUAGGUUUCGCUCCUACGAUGCAUUGCUGAUGGAGCUGACGCGCUCGUUGGCGGAUAACCUCCAUCUGCCACAAGGUGUGCGAACGAUCUACACCAUAGAUGGCAGCAAGAUCACCAGCAUGGAUGAGCUGGUGGAAGGUAAGACUUGCAACUACAUCAAUUGUUCACAGUCAACACUUGGGCUUAGAAAUCCACUGAACUGCAUUGAGGUCACAACUUUUCCAUCAUCAGACAAAGAAACCAAACUGCAGGUUUACACAAAGAUCAUCAAAUAUUAACUGUUCAUCGUCACCGAUUACGUUCCUUAAGACAGUCUCUCGAAGUAGAGUACACUGAUUCUCUCUGUGGGAUCAAAACUCAAAGUUAACACUGGAAGGCUGCUUGUCUCCCAAGGCCAGUGGAUUCCAUUGUCUGCUGUUGUGUCGUAUGGUUCUCUUCUAUAGGUCGAUCGCACAAACUAAAAAAUAUUUAGUUGUAUGUACAGCUUUUGUAUUCUGACAUAAUAACGUCUUUGAUUUUGGUUUGUCAUUCACACCGACUACCUCUCACGAUGCGUCAAGUUUUUAAAUUUUUAUCCCUGCUACUGAGCUCUUAUCCCAAAGUGUCAAACUACUACAACACAAAAGACAUCUGAAGUUCAUCUCCCAGUUUUCUGAAUUGUUACUCUGCCAAAAUUGCCUCAUGCAGGAAAUAAAUGGACUCCUGCUGAACUGUAACACAGCAUAAUAGUCGCCUACUUUUACCUGCCACUUCCUCUAAAGAUUAAUUGAUUAAACGUCCUCCUUAAAAUCCCCCGAUGUCUUCUUCCUGUCAGCUGUUUGUCAAACAAACGCUCUUGCUACAUUUGCUCCUGUCCGGAUCAGAAGCAGAUGAGGAGGCGUUCAUGUACUUUGUUUUAGACACUUAUGGUGAUAUAAACGACUCUUAAUGAGUCAAAUCUGCCUUUUUUAACCUCUAAAAGACAGUUUUUCACCCUUACAGUGAGUACAAUCAUGUUUUAAAACUAUGUUGUCAACAUACACGUCUGUAAAGUCCAGUGAGUCUGGAGUCACUUAGAAGCAGCUGAGUAACAUCACUUAUCAUCAAUAUUGACGUGUGUGACUGCCUGUAAUGUCUCCUAAUGAGUGUUAGAGACAGGAAACUGUUCAGCCGGAGAUGCUCUAAGACAGAUGCGCCACUCUUAAGCACUUUGUGGAUAAAUAAAGUAUAAACAGAGAAGAGCAUUAAGCAAACUCUUGAUUUAAGAUAUCACUCUGCCCUGGAGCUCCACAUGUAGACGAGUGAGGUUUAGUUUAGUUAGAAUAAACCAGUUUAGAGCUGCAGUGGUCACUUAUUUUAGUAAUUUAGUAUUCUAUUGAAUUUUUAAGUGUUUAAUUAAGUGAUCUAUUAUGAGAUGUUGCAUGCUCAGCAGUUUUUUUUCCAUUACUGCCACUGAAAGGGACCACGCAUCACUUCUUCACCUCACUUCGAGAGCUUUGGGUUCAUUUUGGUGAUAAAACUUCCUAAAUGAAAUGCCGGAUUUCACUUGUAGUAAAAAAAAUUUACAGGGUCAUAAAAAAAUAUGAAGGAUCUGAGCGUUUUUACGGUUCACAUUUUAUAUUGAUGUCCUCUAUCGAGACUUGGGCUUGUAUUUUAUUUGAUUAUUAUGAUUGUAUUUAGUUUGUGCAGCAUUUGGAUAAAAGCAGGAUCAGUCCUGUCCAGCUGCUUUGAAUAACAAAGUGAGAGUCGGCACCUGGAGAGACAAGGUCACACAAACGUUACCUGUCAGAGUGUGUGUGAACAUGUUAAAGGAGAGAGACGGAAAGGUGUGUGUUUGAGAAAGGUGUGUGUGUAGGAUAGAGAGAGACAAUGAGAGAGAGAGAGAGACAGAGACAGUGAUCCAUUUUUAUCCAUAUAAGGUAAAACAGCAGAGUGACUGAGAGCUACUGUACGUCUGAUAGGCUGGAAUUCGCCCCAGAGCUAUCAUUAGAUCUAUUAUUUUAAUAAGACAUAUAUAUAUAAAACACCUAUAUUAAGGAUUUUACAUCAUUACUGUGAGUCCAAGAUAUUCCGGAAAUUUCAGACAAAUAGUAGGAGUGAUAAACCAUUUUAAUGUUGAUGCACAUGGUUAUAAUAAAUGCUGACUCUUUCUUAUUUUACAUCAUUUAAAAAAUGAAAUAACAUUUUAUUAUUGAAAUGUUUUCCAUACAAAGCGAUUUUUUUCUACUUGUUGGAGAUAAUUAUAUUUUAGAAUUUUUUCUUUAUAGGGGAAAAACGGCUUAUAUUCAACACUCCAUCAUUUUUCUGUUUUAACGAUAAGAGCCUCUUAGUUAAAGGUGGGGUAGGCAGGAUUCGGUUAAAGAAGCAGCUUUUUGUGGUGUAUAAACAAAAAAGCUUUUAAUAUCAGUCAAUAGUUAUUGAUGACAUUUGGUAAUAUAACGAUAUCUCUGUGUUCUCUUAUGUCUGUGUCGUCAACAUUUGAACAUUUUUGAGCGGUCCGCUCUUUCUGACUGUAAACAAAGCCGUUCUCCACCUCCUCUAACCUGAUUGGUUGUGAGGCAGACGCUGCUCCCCCGUGUCGUUCAGGAGCCCAAACAAAGUUAGCGUGCUACAAUAUCGGACAGUAGAAACCAACCAGAAAGUUCGGAAAAUUGUCUGAAUCCUCCUUUGGUCACGACUGCCGACACAAGCAAGAAAACAAAGUAAAUACCGGAGACUCUGGAGGAAUAACGGGCGCUUAAAACGGAGGUAGACCGGACAAGAGCUAAAAAGCCGGGUCAACAUAAACGAUGGGGGACGCUUGGGGAUCUUGGUGACCCUGUAACCUUUCUGCUGGACAGGUAAACCGCUUUAACAAAGUAAGACAAGUGUCUGUAACAGAAGUGUUUCUUGUCAAACGGACCUGCUGUAGCGUGUUGUAGCGCCAUCGCUAAACUGUCCUCCCUCGGGUCCUGGACUAUGUCACUUUAUCCUAGUUGUAGAAGUCCUGCAAACAUUGCGUUAAGGGUUGGGUAUCGUUUGAUUUUGAACGAUUCCGAUUCCGAUUCCGGUUCCGGUUCCGAUUCCAAUUCCGAUUCCUGGUUUCGAUUCCGGUUCCUAACUAUUCUCCGUAGUGGUGUUCAGGGGCUAUUUCUACUGGUCGGCAGACUCCGGCAUCGAAACUUGGAAUUGAAAUUUUAAAAUUUAAACGGUUCCGGGAAAAUCGGAAUGUUAGUCCCGGUCCCCAUCAAUGCUCGAGCACUAAUUGUGUUUGCUGGUAGUCUGUUGGCAUCUACAGUAGCACCAAUGCUUUUGACUUUCACCUUGACUGGGCCCCAUUUGUAAUGAUCUGAAGUAUUUAUCUGCAUUAUAUCUGAAUUUAAUUGGAACGAUACGAGCGAGCAGGAGCGUCUGUUUGUGGGCGGGGCUUGAGGGGAAAACUGGUUGGGAGGGGUAGAGUUUACAUUCAAGAUUUCUCCCAAAAACUGGCACUAACUCAGAUCCUGACUACCCUACCUUUAAUAAUUAUGACUUUAAGUUGUUUUGGAAAAAUAUUGACUUCUUUACUGGUAGAAAUAGAAGUUUUUGGGGUUCAUCCCAAAGAAGGGAAAGUAUAAGAUUUGGAAAAUAAAAAAGGCAAAACUGUAAGAAUUAACGUGAAAACGUACUCCUGAAAACUCAAACCCACAGUUACACUUUUUACAGCGUAGUAAUAUUACUAAUACCUGAAUUAAGGCUGGUUCCUCAUAAAGCUCCACACUUGAUACCAGCAGGCAGGAACUGUGCAGGAACAAUCCUGCUCUUUGUUUUCAUCAGCUGGUGUAGAAGCUGAUCUGUUGUUCGGCUUCCUCCUCACGUCUCACACUGAGAGAAGGAGUGAACCCGACAUCUGCUGUCACCUCCACUUCAUCUACACUCACACACACACACACACAAGAGAGCCAGAGGGUUAGCGCGCCGCUGUUAUCGACUACAGCAGCUCUUUAACAACCUCCAGCUCUGAACUCAGGGUCUGACACGAGAGAGGAGCAGUUACUGUACAUCACACUUCCCCCCCUUCUGUCCAUCUCCCCUCUGCUCAGGUGAGUGCUACGUUUGUGCCUCCAACGAGCCGUACCGAAAGGUCGACUACACCAAGAUCUCCAUCCCCAGCUGGAAGCCUGGAGCCAGCGCCGGGGUCAGCACCACAAGUUCCCCCCGGCCUUCUACGGUAUCGACAGGGGUGUCGGCAAGCACGGGCGCCGGCUCUAAAGAUCGCCUUGAAAGCCGGGAGAGCCGGGAGAGCAAAGACUUCAUCAAACCCAAACUGGUGACGGUGAUCAGGAGCGGCGUGAAGCCGCGCAAGGCGGUCAGGAUCCUUCUGAACAAGAAGACGGCUCACUCCUUCGAACAAGUCCUGGCCGACAUCACUGAGGCCAUAAAGCUGGACUCUGGAGCCGUGAAGAGGCUGUACACGCUGGACGGGAAACAGGUGAGAAGAUGCAGAUUUUUGGUUUAUUAGCUUUAGAGGACAAAAGAUGUCGACAUUUAUCCACCAUGAGUGAGGUUUGGGGAAAAACAGGCAAAAACCACAAGUAAACCAGACUGGUUGCUGCUGAGCUGCUCUUCAGGCUUAGCCUACAGCAGCAAAACUAGGAACUGGUCUACACCUGGUGGGGAUAAGCUCCCCAGACCAUGACGAGUAGAUGACUCCAAAAGAAAGGGGCCUGAUUACUGAAAGCUCCAACUCCCGUACUACCUUUAGAGACUUUGGGAACCAUGAGCAGGACUGUGUCAUUUCUGUCUUAGCCUUCAGCUAACCCUAAAUCCCAUACUACACCUAAAGACUUUGGAAACCAUGAGCAGGACUGUGUUGUUUCUGUUUUAGUCUACAGCCAACCCUAACUCCCUAACUACUUUUAGAAGCUUUGGGAACCACGAGAAGGACUGUGUCGUUUGUUUUAGCCUACAUCUGACCCUAACUCCCAUACUACUUUGAAAGACUUUCGUUCAGUGCUCUCUCUAUUUUUAGUCAAAUGCAUUCUAGACUUCUACAGAAGAACCUAGAUCACCUGUGGAGACAUAGAUAGAAACAAUCUCCGUCUUUGUGGACGUAGGAGUUCAUUUGAGCAGGUGUUGACCGUUUUUCUUCUCUUUAACGUUGACAUGAUAGUUCCACUUUUAAAAGCUAAAGUCUCCACAUCUUUUAGUCAUAACUUUAGAUAAAGUAGAACAAAUCAGUGUGAGAGUGGGCUCCCCUCAAAAUCAGAUAAUAGGACAUUAUUGGCGAAUUACUGCUGGGAUGAGAAAUUGAUUAUGUCCCAAAUUGAGCCUUUAGGUGUAAUUUUCCGUUUCAAGCGCGGGGACAGUGAGUUCAGUCUCUUUUGAAGCUUCGUAUUUGGUGCUCGGAGCUAAAAGUGGAGUCUGUUUAAAGCCGCGAAUCUGCGACAGUCAGCUCGAUUUUUUUUCUCGUACCUCUGUCAUGUUGAACAGAAUCUGAAUGUUCUCUGAUCCACCCUGAAACUCUUUUGUGAGCUCAUACCGAGUGAAAAAGUCUGGAUUUAAACCUCUCACACAUUCAGUGGCACGGCUAUUUUUACCACACACACACACACACACACACACACACACACAUUGACUUGCACUCUUUGAAGUCAGAGAUAAGAGUGGUGACUGUGACACAAUGACAGUGGAGAGCUGAAGAAGAGGACGGUGUGGAGGGUGCUCGAUUUCACAGAACUAUUUCACCCAUUAAAAUAAAACGUGUUUCCUUUUUUUUUUUUUAAAAGAACUGAGUCGAUUAUUUUUGUCUGUCGUUACUUUAAUAAGAGCCUGAUUACGGCUGGUCAUGUUUGUCGAUAUGGGUUGUUUUUUUGACAUGAAGCUGCAAUAAUUAAGUUUUUUAAAUCAAGUUAUUUCGAUGACUUCUGCUGCAUUUUCACUCGUUACCCACAAUUUCAAACGCAUCCGGCUACGAAAAGGUCGUAUCCGCCGAUCGUAGCUGAUCGUAACCAUUCAAGUUAACGUGUCAAUUUCCACCGCCUCCUUCCGUUUCGCCUCCUUCCGUUUCGCUGGAUUCCGAAUCGCUGGAUUCCGAAUUGCUGGAUUCCGCAGUUGAUCGCAAGCAUUCUAUUUUUCUCCGGACACCAGAGCAUGGCGGAUAAAUUCAGCACAGAUUAACCCGUGCUGGAAAAGAAGUCAGGCGCAAACACAAAAUAAAACAUCCGGCUUCUUUUCAAAAUAAAACACUCCGUGUUUCAGGAGGAUCGUAUUUCACACCAUGCAAACGGGGGGAGACGAACAAGUGAAAGGUUUUUAGACGUGAUUUCACCCCGAUGACACCAUGGAUGAGGAGAUGCUGAUUCUAGAAGUCUAGAAGUAGAUUUCCUCCUCUGGAAGGACACAAUCUACUGCUUAUAUGGUUAGUCUAUGUGGCUGAAGACAACUUGUUAUCACGCGAUUACAGGUGAAUCUGCCGGUUCUUGUGAGUUCUCGCGAUUCCGCCACAAAAUUGACCUCACAAAUGGAUCCGGUAGGAAUUGGCGUACGUUAAAAAACGCUGCCGAUCCGGGUGCCGUGGAAAUCUCGGGUUAAAGGCUUUUAUUUUGAAGGAUCGUCUGAUUAUGAGGGCCGUUAUUCUGCUUCAGACGACUUUGCUCUUUUCAGACUCAGUCAGUCUGAAUGAAACAAGGCCAACGUGUGUGUGUGUUUGUGUGUGUGUGUGUGUGUGUCCUCCCUCCGUCCUUUCAGUUUGUGCAUUCACUUCAAGCAGCAGGACGGAGACCCCAUCACACACACAAACACACACACACACAUUAAUACUACAGUUCGGUCACCAUAGUAACCAGCCACCCAGAAACAACCCCGUCCUUGCUAAACACACACACAAACACAGUCACACACAUGGAAAUACACACAAAGUGCAGUUCCGGAGGCGGUUAGUAGAAAGCUAAACGGGAGGAGGGGGGGGUGAAGGACAGAGGAGGAGUGAGAGGUAAAAUCAAGGACAGCAGGGGUGGGGAGGUGGGGAGGUGGGGAGGUGGAGGUUAUCGGAGGGGAGGAGACCAAAAACAAAAACAACAAAAAAGGAGGUGGAAGAAGACUGACGAAAGAAGAAGAAGAAAGUGUCGAGUUAACGUGUGAAAAGACAAAGAAACACUCGUGAAUGUGCUUUACUUCUCUAAAGGGACUUUAUUUGGUUCAAAGUUCCUCUCUUACACUAGACUUCCCGUUUUAAAACUCAGGAAAAUUCACCUCCUGUUUGAAGAAUCAUGUUCACGAGAAGAAACCGCAUAAACGUUGAAAGUGGUGAAAGUUGAAGUAGUGUUACGGGUCCCGGGCAUUACCGAGCACCACGCAACAAUGAAGAUUGUUUCUGUAAAACAAAGUAAAGGUGUACUGAAAUGAGGCUGUAUGAACUCCUUGUGUCUCCUCCAUUCACUGAACUCAGAUUUAUUCACAAUAGUUGACAAUAACCAUCUCAAAUCAACCAAUCAAUCGACCACACAGUCAGACAGUAAACAACAAUAAUAAAAUAUUUCCCGUUCUGAAUGAAUAUCGACUGAAUAUCUCUGGAUCUGUCCUUUGUUAGGUUUUUCCUAUAUGUGUGUAUGUGUGGUUUAGGUAUGUGUGUGUAUGGAUGUAUGUGUGUGUGUGUUUAUACAUGUGUUUGUGUGUGGGUGUGUGUAUAUGUAUGUGGAAAGGGGAUAUAAAUGUAAACAUUUGUUAACCACAUCAGCAUAAACAAUGUCAUACACAAAACAACCUGUACGACAUCCUUAUCAAAACUCUACACAUCAGUCAAAUGUUCUGAUAACCUUUUAGAAAAGUAUUCGAAUGUCAGGAAUAACCGUCAACAUGGCACAUUCGCGUGUCCGAAACAUAACGCAGCAAAACACCGACGCCUUCGUAUCUGCCGCGUCACAGCACGUUAGCCGCUAGAGUCGCUAGCAACGUAAAAUCACAUGGCGAACCGCGGGCAUUCUAACCCUCUUAAAACUUAAAACUUUGUCAUUCAAGUGUCCUAACACAUCCCCACAUUCAUGCCAAUGCUUACGAUCUUAGUCAUCGUAUUUUCACAGUGAACCAACCUGUAAAACAAAGUAAAGGUGUACUGAAAUGAGGCUGUAUGAACUCCUUGUGUCUCCUCCAUUCACUGAACUGCCGGUGGGCGGAAGUCGCUUACCUCUCACCCUAUCGUGCAGCAGUGAAACUGGCCGCUCACCAAAGGUUCCGGUCCCCAUAACAAAUACAUAGUAAUGCAUACCGAUGACUUUCUGGCAUUCAACCAUUAAAAUAAGUUAUGAAAAAUAAAAAAAAAAGUGCUUAAUACAUCACUUUAUAAAGUGUUUGCUGUUUCCAAAAUAAAGUUCCUUCACUCAUUUAUGAGGGUAUCACAGUCUCCCCGACAAACAGAAGUGGCUCCCGACACUUGACCUAAAAAAAUAGAAAACCUCACAGUUCAAAGUUCACCAAACGGCUUCACUCAUGUAGAAAAGAUGAGAACAAAGGCACUCCCAACGUAGGCAUCGAAUGUCCUUAACGUGUGCAUAGUCUGUGGCACUUCAAGUGUCUCACUUCAGUUCAAAAACAAGGUACUGGGUAUGCGGUGUAUGGGAGUGGAUAUGUAGUGUAUGGGAAUGAAUGUGGUGUGAAGGCCGGGGACAUGGGGGGUUGGAAGGGGAGGGGAUAGUGCUGAGGGAAAUGGUGCUGAGGGUACUGUAGCUGGGGCCACUGCGUCGGAUGAAUUUCCACUGCAUUCACGCUGGGGCGGCGCUGGUAGGCUGGUUGACCCAGAGAGGGGUAGGUGAACAUGUAGCCAGGCUUUCUCACCCGGGUGGAGUGUCUCACGGGGGCUGGGUGUUCCGGCCGGAGUGGCUCUGCGAUGUCUUCCCCCUGGCAGACGACUUCACGUACCUGGUGAUCAUCAUCGAGCUGGGGCUGAUCCAUGUCCUGUUCAGCCUCACGGUAUACUUCUGGUUCCUCUUCCAUGUUGUUUUCGCUGUUCUGUUCAGGUUCCGCGUUGACUCCCUGUUCAGGUCUGACGUCAACUCUUUCUUCCUGGUGAAGUCCAUGGUUCAUGUUCCCUUGUGACUCUUGAAUUACGUCCCGAUCUGGUGAGGGACUGGCAGUUCUGGUUGGUAGUCGCAGCCAGUAGCGAUACACACCACCCUCUUCUUCCGAGUCACUUGUGUCUGGGCUCGGUGCCUGUUCUGUGGGUUUUACAGACUCAGAGUGUCUUUUAACUUUCUUGUGCGACCCACGCGUGCUGGUGGCUGGACUUUGUGGUGGUUCCACUGGCAGAUCAUUUACUUGCAAUAGCAGGUUCCGAUGUAGGGUGCGAGUAGGGCGGUUUCCUGUCUCAGGGGCGACUUUGUAAACAGGAUUGUCUCCAACCUUCUCCUUUACAAUGUAGAUGGUCUGCUCCCAGUAGGAUCGGAGUUUACCAGGUCCACCUCUCUCACUGAGGUUACGCACCAGGACCCUAUCUCCAGGCUCAAGAGUCACACCUCUGCUGCGCUUGUCGUAGUACUUCUUGCCCUUACUGCUGGACUGCUGGCUGUUUUCGUUCGCUAUCCUGUAAGCCUCGGUCAUCCUUCCUGCCCAUUUGUUGGCAUAUCCUUGGUGGGUUUCUGUUUCUCCGUCGGCUAUGAGGCCAAACAGAAGGUCGACGGGGAGGCGUGGAUGAUGGCCAUACAUCAAAUAGUAGGGGGAAAACCCGGUGGCUUCGUGCUUCGUGCAGUUAUAUGCGUGAACAACAUGAGGCAGGUGAUCUUUCCAAUUCCCCUUUUCUUUCUCUCCCAACGUCCUGAGCAUUUGUAACAGUGUGCGGUUUAGUCUCUCCACAGGGUUUCCUUGGGGGUGAUAGGGAGUGGUUCUGGAGUGACCCACCCCGGCUAGUUUUCUCAGGGACCGGAACAACUCGUUUUCGAACUCUCCUCCCCGGUCAUGGUGGAGUUUGGACAUGUAGCCAAACCGGGGAAUAAAGUCAUUGAACAGCUUGUCGGCCGCCGUCUUACCAGCUUUAUUACGGGUGGGGUAGGCUUGUGCAAACCUGGUGAAGUGGUCGACCACCACCAGAAUAUACUCACAUCCACCACGGGAGGGCUCCAGAUGGAGGAAGUCGAUGCACACCAGUUCGAGGGGCGAGUUGGAUGUAACACUGCCCAUGGGCGCUCUUUCAUGCACUGCUGGCUUCUUCUGUUUCAGACAGGGGCACUUUCUGGUGACAUACUCCUCUAUCUCUCUCUUCAUGAAUGGCCAAUAGAAGCGCUCUCUUGCCAGGGUCAGGACUUUUUCAACACCAACAUGGCCCAUGUUGUUAUGUAGGUAGGUGAGGGCUAGUUGCUUGUAUGUGGCCGGCAAUACCAGCUGUCUUCGGCCUGUGGUUUUCCUGUACAAUAGGCCGUCCUCAAUAUGCAACUUGCUCCACUCCCUUAGUAGCCUCAUGGUGUCUGUGUCCCAGUUGUUCUUGUUGUACUCUGUCGGUGUUGUGUUGCUGUCCUUUAACUCCAUGACCUUUCCAAUUGCCGGGUCUUUUCUUUGUUUUUUAACCAGUUCAUCAUGACUUAUGGCCUGCAGUGGCUCCAUGCGGGGCUGAGUUUGGGAUGCAAGGCUGAGGGCUGCGACCCAGGCAACGUCCUUCUGCUGAGCUCUCCGGGUUCCUUCCCAGACAGUGCACACGGCCUCGUCCGAUAGCUCCUCAGAGCACUCCGUCAUGAGGGUCUCGAUGUCAAGGGGGCAACGGGACAGGGUAUCGGCAUCGAUGUUCAUCUUGCCUGGCCGGUAUCUGAUGUCGAAGCGAAAAUCGGCGAGCUGCCCCACCCACCGGUGGCCCACCGCAUUGAGCUUGGCCGUGCUUAGGACAUACGUGAGCGGAUUGUUGUCUGUGAAGACAGUGAAGUGAGGGGCAUAGAACAAAUAGUCUCUGAAUUUAUCACAUACCGCCCACUUUAGUGCCAGGAACUCUAGCUUGCCGCUGUGCAGGUGGUAAUUCUGCUCCGCUGGGGUCAGUGUGCGUGAACCGUAGGCAAUCACCCUCAGCUUUUCAUCCUGGUGUUGAUAAAGGACUGCUCCAAGACCUUCCUGGGAUGCAUCCGUAUGGAGUGUGUAGGGUUGAUUGUAAUCGGGGUAUGCUAACACUGGGGGUUCCAUCAGCAUGUCUAUUAGACGUUCCAGUACCUGCUGGUGUUUCUCGUUCCACACGACUGGAGUGUGAGAGGACUGUUGAGGGGACUUUGUCUUGCCUCGGGUGAUUUUGGGCGGGAGGUUGUCAGUCUGUACUUUCAACAGGUCAUACAGAGGCUGGGCUAUCCGUGAGAAAUCUUGUACGAAGCUCCUGUAGUAGCUCAGAAAGCCCAAUAGUCGUCUCACGUCUCCGACUGUCUUUGGUGCUCUGUGUUUCAAUACCCGCACAGCCUCCAAGUCCUUGGGGUCCACCCUCACUCCAUCGGCAGACACCAGCCGGCCAACAUAGCGGACUUCUUUCCGGAACAACUCACACUUCUCUGGUUUCAGUUUUACGCCAUGACGCUGGAGAGCCUGGAGUACUUUGCGCAGUACCUCCACAUGCUGCGUGAAUGACUUUGAGAAACAUAAGACGUCGUCGAGGUAAGGGAUGCAGCAUUCAUCUCGGAGCGUGUCGAGCAUCUCCUCCAUACUCCUUUGAAAUGCUGCUGGGGCGUUGGAUAAUCCAAAGGGGAUCCGGACCCACUCGUACAGCCCCCACGGGGUCGUGAACGCUGUCAUGUACCUUGACUCUUCAGCCAUAAAGCCUUGGUGAUAGGCCUUGCCCUGGUCAAGUAUCGAAAACCAGCCAUACCCUCCCAGUGAGUCAGUGAGAUCCUGGAUCCGGGGGAGGGGGUGUCGGUCUGGCACUGUCUUGUUGUUUAGAAGCCGGUAGUCGAUGCAUAGGCGCAGGGACCCAUCCUUCUUUCUCACACAUAUGACAGGGGCUGCAUAGGGGGACCGGGACUUUACGAUCCAUCCUUUCACAAGUAGCUCCUGCACAUACUCCUUCACUUCUUUGUAGAGUGGUUUCGGGAUAGAUGCAUAGGAUUUUUGCACUGGGAUGUCGUCCUUGAGUCUUAUCUCCAUCUGGAGUGAGGGGAUGCAACCGAUGUCAUCACUGUCCCUGGCAAAGGCCCCUGACUCCUCACAGAGCAACUUCUCUACCACCUGCUGCUGUUCGGGGCUCAGGUGGCUGAUGUCGACAGGCGGCAGCCAGGGCUCAAUGGAGGCUAUACUGGGGGAGGCAGUGUGGGCAACCUCUGCCGUUGCGGUUGUCAGGGUGACGUCCGCUCGGUGUGACUCUGCUGUUUCUGUCUCGAGGACCUUGGUGACAUUCUGGAUGACACCUAAGGGCGUUCUCUUUGGCAGGAUGACAUCGUGCUUUGAGUGAUUAGAAAUGGGCACUUUAACAUGGGGUCGCCCUGCGUGGUUGAUUUCUAUGAGGCCCUCACCUAUGCUCAACUGCCCCAGGACAGGGUUCCCAUCUGCAGGCUCAUACAGGACAAGGGGAUCAGAAGUGUCAAAGUUGGGGGGGACCCUACACCGCACAUGUACUGCCUUCCCGGCCGGAACCACAAUAUUGUCUCUGCCCACUCUAACCGUGGCGGGGUCACACAAUGUCUUUUGGGGGGCUUGGAUGCAGUGGACCAUGGCAACCACUUGUUCUUCCUCCAUCCCGAAUGCUCUGCGUAGGAGGCUGAGCAGUGUGGCUACCGCCGCACCCGAGGACUCUUGUCUUUUGAUGACCUGUUCAAGUACAUUGGCCCCUAACAAUGGCUGGGAUAGGGGCAACUGGCUGACCAGGAAGGGCGCUUGGACUAUGAGGUCUGGGUCAUUGUUUCCAUUGAGGUUGACAGUCAGUUCCACCCACCCGUCGUAGGGGAUAGACUGGCCAUUCGCUGCAAAGACCUCCAGGUCAUGUUCAAAGAGCUCUUGCAGCGCCCUCACUUGGUAACUGGGGAUGUGGGUGCUAGCCCACGCUCUGUCAAUUAUACUCACUUGCGAGCCAGUGUCGAACAGGACCGUUGCAGGGUGCCCAUUGAUCGAGCAUUUCAGCUGGCUUCUCUUCCCCACUAAGGGCGUUUGGCACUGGUUUCCACUCUGACAGGUGAGGGUUUGGGUUGGGUGUUGUUUGCGGGAUCCGGACAGUUUUGAUGGGCGUUGAGAGGUGGGGUUUAUUGGUUGGGACUGAAGUUGCGUGCCGGUCUCUGACUGUCCCUCGGCAGAGACCGGGUCUCGUUUCCCUGAAACCUGGUCCGCUUCAAGCAUCCUACUGCCCGGUGUCCUGUUUCACCACACACAAAGCAGUGGCUGCACUCCUGCAAAUUCUCUUCUGUACAUUUUUGGCAACGAGCUGACCUUCGCCUUUCCUGGAAAGGGGGUUGGGGGUUGACAUUGGGGGGUGGCUGGAAUGAGUGCUGUGAUGAGGUAUGGGGAGAUGGGCGGGCGGAUGAUGGCAGGGGAGGAGUGUGACUGGAGGGUGAGUGGAGGGGGUGAUACGACGGAGGCUGGGCUGGUACUUGGAAUGGCGGUGGCACCUGGCUGCUGUUUACUUGAUGGUCCAUCAGAGCGGCCACCAUUUGUGUCAGGGUCUCCACCUGCGCACUAAGCUGCUGUAUGGUCUGGGUGUUCUUGUUAUCUGCUGCAGAGCCUCCCUGUUUGUUGUCAUUCUGUCCACCUGUUUCCACCUUGGCGCUGUGGGCGUGGCUUGACUUUUGGCGGGGAAGCUGACCGAGUCUGCGCUGAUGUUCAUUCUCGUCGCUGAUCAUUUUUGUCAUCUGCCCGAGAAUUUCCUCGUCGGUGACUUGGCUAUUCGAUACAAGGGGUCUCAGUCUUUGUCGGAGGUCGCUGUGUUUCGGUCCCAGGCCCUGAUAAAUUGUGUUGAGGAAGACCUCCUGGAUGGUCUUGGGGUCGUACGAAAUGUCAGUGUUGGCCUGCUUUGACUGGAACAGUAGUCUCUGUUUGAGUCCAAUCAUGCGGUACAAGAACUGCUGUGGUGACUCGUGUUCGGCUUGCCGGGCACACAUCAGCUCCUGAAACAUCUCCGUAGUAGCCUUCUCCCCCAGAUGAGACCUGAGAAAGACCUUGAGUUCAGGGACGGCCAAGUCAUCCUUGUUUGACAACAUGUCUUUGAAUGCGCCGGGUUUGAUGAUCCUCAAUACGCCCCGGACCACUUCUACGUCGGCGAAGCCUUCUUUGACUCCUUCAUCGAUCUGCUUACUGAGGUUACUAUAGCUGACCUCAGAGCUCUGGUCCCCAAUUUGGCCCCCAUGAACCUUGAACUCUCGUCGCUGCAGGUAGGGGAAGUCUUUAAGAGGAACCAUUCUCUCCGGGUCUCUCUGUGAAGGGGGGUUGAACGCUGGUCCACCUUGGUGGCUGUGUAUAGGGGCGGGGAAUGCAGCCGUAGCCUCAUACUGCCUCAGUUUCUUUCCCAGCUCCUCAUACAGCAUCUUCAGUUCCCCCACCGGCUGGGCUACUGUGUCGACAGGGAGAGUGAGAAGGGGAGAGGGCUGCAUAACAGUGGUGCUGACCAGGGGGAAGGGUGAUGAUGAGGUGUAGUCUGAUGGGGUCGUGUGGGCAGGGGGGAUGGGAUGUGGAGGGGAUGGCAUAACGGCGUCGGUGACAUGAGGGCUGGGUGAUAGUGAUGUGUGGUCUGUCUGAGGUGGGGUGGGGUCGGCACUGGCCUCCAUAGGGGUCGUCGCGACGGCUGGCCACUCCGCCUCGCUCAUCAUCUGGUUAAUCACGUCGUUUAGCACCAGCAGUUUACUGACACCUUCAUCCUCACUUCCUUGAAGGGCGUCAGACUGCAUGUAGGAGAUGAUGUAGUCCAUGCACUCCUCCUCAUCGGUCGCACUCAGCUGUUCAGUCUCUGAGCUGUCUGAUGCGAUGUCUGUUACUAUCUGACGUAGCUUGGCACCUGACAGCUUGAAUAAACCUCUCCUGAUGUUCCACACCAGCUCCUUCCGUACCCGGGACAUGGCGUGCUUGGCUCAGGGGUUACUGCGAUGUUUCGUUGUGGGAAAUGCUGGCUUGGCACACCAGCAGCGUUGCUACUCGGCGACUGACGUGCGUUGAAUCCCAACUCAGCUGUGCCGCUCCUUGGUGAGAUCUUUAUCCUUAUCUCCACCCUUGGACAGUCACGGCUGACUCCUGGUCCGCAGUCACGUCUCGCCACCUCAGUCUCGUGGUUCUUGAAUCACUGGAUCAGCAUCCAACCAACAGCUGGCGCUGAUCCCGGACGAGCCCCCACAAUUUGUUACGGGUCCCGGGCAUUACCGAGCACCACGCAACAAUGAAGAUUGUUUCUGUAAAACAAAGUAAAGGUGUACUGAAAUGAGGCUGUAUGAACUCCUUGUGUCUCCUCCAUUCACUGAACUCAGAUUUAUUCACAAUAGUUGACAAUAACCAUCUCAAAUCAACCAAUCAAUCGACCACACAGUCAGACAGUAAACAACAAUAAUAAAAUAUUUCCCGUUCUGAAUGAAUAUCGACUGAAUAUCUCUGGAUCUGUCCUUUGUUAGGUUUUUCCUAUAUGUGUGUAUGUGUGGUUUAGGUAUGUGUGUGUAUGGAUGUAUGUGUGUGUGUGUUUAUACAUGUGUUUGUGUGUGGGUGUGUGUAUAUGUAUGUGGAAAGGGGAUAUAAAUGUAAACAUUUGUUAACCACAUCAGCAUAAACAAUGUCAUACACAAAACAACCUGUACGACAUCCUUAUCAAAACUCUACACAUCAGUCAAAUGUUCUGAUAACCUUUUAGAAAAGUAUUCGAAUGUCAGGAAUAACCGUCAACAUGGCACAUUCGCGUGUCCGAAACAUAACGCAGCAAAACACCGACGCCUUCGUAUCUGCCGCGUCACAGCACGUUAGCCGCUAGAGUCGCUAGCAACGUAAAAUCACAUGGCGAACCGCGGGCAUUCUAACCCUCUUAAAACUUAAAACUUUGUCAUUCAAGUGUCCUAACACAUCCCCACAUUCAUGCCAAUGCUUACGAUCUUAGUCAUCGUAUUUUCACAGUGAACCAACCUGUAAAACAAAGUAAAGGUGUACUGAAAUGAGGCUGUAUGAACUCCUUGUGUCUCCUCCAUUCACUGAACUGCCGGUGGGCGGAAGUCGCUUACCUCUCACCCUAUCGUGCAGCAGUGAAACUGGCCGCUCACCAAAGGUUCCGGUCCCCAUAACAAAUACAUAGUAAUGCAUACCGAUGACUUUCUGGCAUUCAACCAUUAAAAUAAGUUAUGAAAAAUAAAAAAAAAAAGUGCUUAAUACAUCACUUUAUAAAGUGUUUGCUGUUUCCAAAAUAAAGUUCCUUCACUCAUUUAUGAGGGUAUCACAGUAGCGUCACAUUAGCUUAGACCCCCUGAUCACCAGAAAGGUCGGCCCCGUCUUCCUUACAGCGUUGUGUUAAAUUCUGAUAUAGAAGAUUUAAUGCUAGCUUUCAUAAACCUCAUAACAGCAGGAGCAAAGUGGGAUACGAAAAAAUUAUGGAAGCAAAUUUGUAUCAUAAUUCAAAUGCGAAAAGAUUAGCGUAUUUUUCGCACUAUAAAACGCACCAUCAAUGAACGUGUCUAUUUUCGUACAUUAAGGCGCACCGGAAUAUAAAGCGCAUUAAGCCAAACAAAACGGAUAAAUCAAACUUAAUUGAACUCAUUCGAUAACUCCUGCAGCGCUCCGACAAGCCAAAAGGAUUUAAAAUGCGCCUUAUAGUGCGAAAAAUACAGCACCAGAAAUGCACUUUCAGAAUUUCAUCCGGUGGAGAAAUCGUGUGCAGCUCAAACUGGGAAGCUGAACCUAUCAAAACUCGAGCAUUGUAUUGUCGAUCGAGCAACACAGUCCCAUGGAAACAUUGAAUUUAUGCGUAGAAGAAGGGCAGAUCACCCGCUGACGUCACCCAUGAACGCCGCCUGGGAUGGCGAAGCUGAUUUGAGUUUUGGUAAAUUUUUUGUGGGUGAACAUGAAAAUGAAAAUGAAAAUGAAAAAGCAUCAGCCUUUUUGUUUUUUCUGUUGAAUUGUGUUACGAAAUGUUUUGCUCAAAUAAGAAAAUGAAAAUGCAGUUUUAUUAUUUCAUCUGUUUAAGCAGUUUUGACUUUGGAACGAAAAAACAAACAAACUGCAAAUGCUUUUAAAUUUUCAGAUUUCACAUUUUUAGUUAAAUUUUGGUUCAUAUUUGUUGCGGCAUAUUUUAAAAAUGAAAUCUCAAAUGGAUUUUUCUUGUACAUUUGAAUUAUUUUACAGAACGAUCAGUUUUAAAAAAGGAAUUCCAGUUCAUAUUAUUUAUCUUUAAUUUUGUUUAUGAGUCAAGAAGUGCAGGUACACUCUGAAAAUGAUAUGAUACAAAUUUACUUCCUUAAAAAAUCGUCCUUUGUCUGUUAAAUGACCUUUAGCAGUUUCCUGAUGAACUGACUGAACCGUGACUCUCUCUCUCUCAGAGUUAAUCCGUCCUCACAGACCUCCGUUCAUCCCUCUUUUCUUCACCUGCUCCUGUCUAACAUUUUAUUCUCUCUCUCUCUGGCUGUCUUAAUCUGGAUGUUUUUUUUCUCUAUAUUUCACGUCUAAUCUUUGAGACAGCUCUUAGACGGCUCAGUGUGCGUCUGUGCGCCGCUGCCAGGAGUUAACGUGAUUUGAAUAUUCCCGGCUGUCUGCCGUUCAGACACACACAGUCUCGCUCAGACUCGUGUCAGCGCGCCGUCACGGAGUCAACGGUGUCUUUCUGUCUUUUUGUAGCUGACGUGUCUGCAGGAUUUCUUCGGGGACGACGAUGUGUUCAUGGCGUGCGGGCCGGAGAAGUUUCGAUACGCUCAGGACGACUUUGUGCUCACGCACAGCAGCAAAACACCCACUUUUGUCAACGGUAAGACACCGAAAUUUAAGAUUAGAAAACAGAUUUAACAGAAUAAUAAACGGAAUAUUUGUGCGAUUUCUAGACUAAAGAAGUGAAAUCAUCCGUCCCUCUUUUCUUUCGUCUCUCCAGAGGUCAGAGCCAAAGCGUCUCGCUCUGGUGCUUCUACAAAAACUACAACUCCCAAGAGUCCCAGCGGCUCCGGCUUCACCUCCUCCAGGACUCCGCCCAGAGGCCCGUCCAGAACAAAAUCACCUGGUCCAGGUAGGAAUCCGCUUAAUUACCGAGUGACGUAGUCCAUAGCAACAUUAACGAUGACUCUGACCAAUCAAACGGCUCCUUUCUCUCGUCUUUUUAGCCAAUGAGGCCUCGGCGGGGAAGUCGUCCAGGUCCAGCCCCUCCCCCACCAGCCCCGGGACUCGCCGCAGCCUCAAAGUACAAAUGAGAGACGAACUGAUUGUUUAUUGAUCGGUUUGGGUUCGCUCAGCUGGGGUUUGGGCGGUUUGGCCUGAAUUCCACUUUUUAAUCUAUUUAAGGAAGUUUUUACUGAAGAUCAGCGACAAAAGUCACUAAAAAGUGAAGAAAGAUUUAUAAUUAAUCAAUUUAAAAUUAAGGUAUUGUACAAAUUUUGAUUAUUUGUAGGUUUAAAAGGUUUUACUAUUUAAAUAUCUUUAAAUGAUCCGUCUUUACGACCCCUAAAUCUCCUCUUUUUCCUUCCUUCUUCUCUCUAAAAGUUAAAUUUUUACCCUCUCCUUCUCUAAAUUUCUCUUUUUUCUUAUAUUUUCUUUCUGAUUUCUUUUUGUAGAUUUCUCCUCGCCGGGCGUCGUCCACAGACGUAAACGGAGAGGCUGAGCAGACGGAUGAGGACGCCACAGGAGAAGGUUAGUUCUUUAAAUGUUAACUUCUGUAUUUAAUCAGAACUUUAAUCCACAAAUUCUGGAGCCUUUGAGUUUUGAAUUUAACUCACAUUUUAAAGCUUCACAUCUACAGUUGGUAGAUGUCAGUUUUGGUUGCAGAACUGCGUCAUGAAACGUUCCAUAAAUACCUCCAUGACACAGCAGGUCCGAGAGCGCUAAGAGGUUUGGAGGUUUUGGGAAAAGAAUCUGAGUAAAUAUUUAAAAACUGCGUCUCGAUAAAAGGCUGAAAAAACCGCCGCGAGUCGUGGUCUCCUUAAAAGCUGUGAAUGUUUGAGAAGAUCGCAGACUUUUGAACUCUGCGGCUUCAGGAGGGAAGUUUCGGAGUGAGGAGGUGAAUUCUGAACAGAUAAAAAUGAAAAAUCUCUUCUUCUUCUUCUCACAGUGAACGGAAAUCGAUCUGUUUCUUCCUCCAUCAUCAACGAGAAGUACAAAGUGGGUAAAGUGAUCGGAGACGGAAACUUCGCCGUGGUGAAAGAGUGUGUGGAGAGGUGAGAAGCACAUUUUCUCUUCUUCUCGUUUUCUUAUUACUUUACUACAAAAUUUUAGCUUCAUGAACUCAGUUUGGGCUUCAUGCUCGCAGAAAAUGUUUGACAAUGUCCAAAUAUUGAAAAUACAAAUAAAUAAAACUGCAAAAUGCGAAUAUUGAUUAAAAAAAAGUACAGUAUGAGAGUGAUAUGAAAGAAAUAUAAAGUCAAGCUUGGGGAUGGGAAUCGAGAACCAGUUCCAAAUGGUUCAAUUCAUCAACAUCAUUUACAGUUUAUCUUAAUGAUUCCCUUAACGAUUCCUUUCUUACGGGUGCCUUGAGAACAGAGACUUUGGCGAAUGGUACGAGAAGUAGGCAGAAACAAUCUAAAGACGACAACGGGUUCUGUACGGAAGUUUUGAGUUUGUGUACCGUGGACUUAAGUUUGUCAGGAAGUUAGCAUAAAAAAAGAUUUAACCCGAUCCAAAAAGCCCUCAACAUUUUGGCCGCAACUCCGCCCCCCUUAGCCGUGUCCUCUCUUUGGGGAUCCAGAAUAUGGUCACCCUAAUUUGACUGAAUACCGACCAAAGUAAACGCUGUACAAAUAGUUUGUGGUUUGAUUAUUUUUAGACUCUCACUGAAGGUGGCGUACAUUUUUCUCUGUUAUCAAAGAAAGGCAUUGAUAAGGGAAUCGUUUAAGAAUUGAAUCGAUUAUGGCAUCGAUGUCGAUAAAAUCUUAUUAAUUCCCAUCCCUCGUCAAGCUUCUUAAAAAAGGGAAUUUUUACACUUCAAAGUUUUGGUCCAUUUUUUAAAUGUGUUUUAAGUGACUGGAGCUCAUAGAUGUAACAUUCAGAAAUAUAUCUCGGUUUCGUUCCAGAAAAUGCAGAAAUCGUCAAUAGUCUUGGUGCGUUUUUUAAAUUCUGUUCGAUUUUUGAUUGACAGGUCGACGGGACAAGAGUACGCUCUGAAAAUCAUCGACAAAGCUCGCUGCUGUGGGAAGGUAACUCUUCGAAGUUUGGAUCUCGAUGUGUUCUGAUUUUAACAACACUGAAAAAAUGAAAAACAAAACUUUGUAGCAUGGCAACAGUGGAGGAGGCUACUGGAAUGCGGGGUCCCGGGUUCCUUAAAGUUACAGCCUGAGAUUAAAAAUGUUUGAGCUGAAGGUCAUGUAGAAGAACUUUAGCAGAACCAAUCAGAACCUGAGACCAGCGGAGUACCUGCUCUUUAAGGUGUGAUUAUCAGUGUGUUUGUGUGAACAGGAGCACCUGAUAGAAAACGAAGUGGCCGUACUGCGACGAGUCCGACACCCGAGCAUCAUCCAGCUGAUCGAAGUCGAUGAAACUCCCAGUCAGCUCUUCCUGGUCAUGGAGCUCGUCAAGGUUCUCCUUAACCUCCCGGUUACCUCUCAGAAUUGUUCCCCGUCUAAAGAACCGGUUCUUACCCCUCAACCUCUGUCUCCUUCAGGGUGGCGAUCUAUUCGACGCCAUCACCUCCUCCACGAAAUACAGCGAGCGGGACGCCAGCGCCAUGGUGUUCAACCUGGCCGGAGCCAUCAAGUACCUGCACAGGAUGAACAUCGUCCACCGAGACAUCAAACCGGAGAACCUCCUGGUACACCACACACACCUACACACACUUAGACACACUUUGAAUCUGUUGUGCAGAUUGAGAAAAUGUUGGGUUGUCAAAAAAGUUGAAAAAGUUCAUGUAUUUGUUUCAUGUUCAAUAAAAAUGUUCCACUUUUAGAAAUAUUUCAAAGUUAUUCAAACCGAGUCAUGAAACCUCAAACUGCAGGUGUGUGAGUAUCCGGACGGCACCAAGUCCCUGAAGCUAGGAGACUUUGGUUUGGCGACGGUGGUGGAGGGACCGCUGUACACGGUUUGCGGGACGCCGACGUAUGUUGCACCAGAGAUCAUCGCUGAGACCGGGUGAGAGCGACAAAAAAACGGUUUCUUUGUUGAAAUAUUAACAGACAGUUGUGUUAAAGUGAUAGAUGUGUGUUUGUGUGUGUAGUUACGGUCUGAAGGUGGAUAUCUGGGCGGCUGGAGUGAUCACGUACAUCCUGCUGUGUGGAUUCCCUCCAUUCAGAAGGUCAGCUCCUACACAUUUUUUAUCAAAUUUUGCAAAUUUUUUAAGUAUUUUUGUUGUUUUGGUUCAGUUUGUUGAUGACACGCCCUCCUCUUCCUCCUCUCAGUGAGAAUAAUGUUCAGGAGGAGCUGUUCGAUCAGAUCCUCAGAGGGAAACUAGAGUUCCCUUCUCCGGACUGGGACACAAUCAGCCUGCCUGCCAAGGUAACGCUCACGUAAACCGUUUAUAUAACAAAUAUAAAUGUAUGUGUCUCUGCUUUCUGCUAACGGUCACAUGACUCGAUCCGUAGAUGCUGAUUAGUCAGAUGCUGCAGGUGAACGUAGACACUCGAUUCACGGCCGAGGAGGUCCUGUCACACCCCUGGGUGACGGUAAGUCAACACAGACAGACGAAGGUUAAGACGAGUUUUAGAGAUGCAGAACCAGUGGUACUCAUGGGAAAUGAAAGCUAAACAGAAUUUUAAUUUGGAGAUAAAUUUAAAUUAUUAGCAGUUACAAUCCAAGAGACUUCAAACUGAAUCUUGUUACUGAUCUUUGUUCAGGAUGAGGCUCCCGUAGACUCCAACACUGUGAGCAGCAAUGAAGACCAGACCAGUGGAGACACACUGGAACCGGAGCAGGAAUCCCCGAUACUGGAAACCAAACAAAUCCCUUCACCCCUGGUCUGAAGCAAGUCCUCCUUGAACAACAGGAAGGACGACAAAAUCCAACAAGUUUCCCUCUUCAGCUCGUGACUUGGGUUGGGGACCAACAAGUCCCACACCCCAAGUCUCGCACUCGUCCUGCUUUUUCAAUAAACACUCAACUUGAAUCUAACAAAACACACUUGGUCCGGGAUUUCCUUCGGUCUGGAACUGGUCCCCUUCCACCAACUGGAGCCAAACCAGUUCCCUCAUCAAGAUUCAAGAGUCGAAUUCACCAAAAACAAGGCAAGUCCAGCACCUGUGGUUUGUAGUAAAUCAGGUUCCAUCUUGAAGUAUCUCAGGCUUGGACAUGGUUCUCCUGUCUUUAGCUUCUCAAAGUCAUCACCCACCUCCAAACAAGCUUCGGUCUCCACUGUCUGACUCUUAAUCAACUGAAAACUGAGCAGGAUUCCUCGUCUUCAGUCGCCUCUUACCUGGAAACAAGUUAUGCAUUUAGUGUUUUUAAUACUUCCUGGAAACGGUCCCUGUCUCUGGUCCGGUCCGGUUCAAUCUUCUGGAGACUUUUGCUGCUGUACUGGAAAGUAUUCAGACUCUUUUAUGGGCUUCAUUAAACAGCUCCUGGAUGACCGUUCUGCUCUGUCAGAGGAGUCACCAUAUCAACACUGGGACACCAUGGAGGUGCUAUCAGACACUUCCUGUUUCACUGGACCGGAACCAUUCCUCUGGUCUUUAAAGACAAACUAAGAGGCUGAAAAAGGCCUGGACCACUUUAGGGAUUUAAACAACUGACUCAUUAACAAACGCUCCCUCUGGUUUAGGGAUUAUUCCUCUGAAGUCCCUGCCUCACAGGGACCAGGAUGUCUUCCAUUUAUUCUGGGAAACGUCAUUUCUCCUGCCUUUUACCCUCCAGCUCUUUGUCCGCAGACCUCAAGGACAUGUCUCAUUUCUUAAACACCCAUGAGUCCAAGAAGACAUCUGAGUUCUGUGCCUGUUUAUGCUGCCGAUGAAUUCCUCUCAGUACGUGAAAACUUCGCUGUUUCUGUUCCUCAGCAUGAAUCAUUGGCUGUACGGCUCGACAGGGCUCAUCGUUUUUGGUUUUAGCUUCAUCUAAACAUUCGGAAGAAAGAGACUUGUGUUAGGAUAGGUGAAACAUCCUGCCGACCAAGAGUUGGUUAAAGUAGUGCGUUAAACUUUUCUAUAAAGCUCAGCACCUGAGCUGAAGGCAAUUUGCUUAGCUUGCAUACUGGGUAAGGCUAAAGAGGAACAGGAAGUGAAUUGCCAAGCUAUGUCGGAGGUUUCAAUCAUAUGCUGCGUUCAAGUUACCUUGGAAGUCAGAAGUCCGAGCUGGGAAUGACGUCACACCCAAGUUAUCAGUGUUUCAGUUACGAAGUCGGCAAAGGCAAAGAAAGCAAAAUCGGAGGGGGAAACAAGAUGGCUACAUUCAACUCAAAAGUUAUUUUAGCACUUGUCUUGUCUGAAUAUAAGCAAGGACAAGGCAAGCGCUAAAAUAACUUUAUCGUUUCCGCCUCUGAUUUUGCCUUUUUCCGACUUGGUAACUGAAACCUUGGUAACUACGUUCAAUAGAAGUGGUGAAGAAAAAGUCACAAUAGCACAGGUAACAUAAGGGUGUCAUCGACGUAUCAAAUUUCCCCACCAUGAUUUGACUCCUCACACCUCCCCGUCUACAACAAAAGUCCAAACUCAAAAGUUAUUUUAGUGCUUUUCUUGUCCGAAUAUAAGCAAGGACAAGGCAAGCGCUAAAAUAACUUUCGUAGAUGUAGCCAUCUUGCUCCCGCCUCCAAUUUUGCAUUUUUUUACCACUUUGUAACUGAAAUGCUUGGACUUCUGAUUUCCGAGGUAACUUGAGCGCAGCAACACUUCACAUCAGAACAGUAAGUCUUCCAAACUGCUGAGUCAUUUCCAUGAAGAUUUUAUGUCCAGAUCAAGUGUUAUCCAGUAAAGCCACUGAACUUUAGGUCCUGAAUAAACAAGAAUUUCUUCAUUUUUCACGAUAGCAACAGAAACCAUCAAAACUAUGAGCCUUGUCGACAUUCACUUUCCUUACACUACAUAGGACACCUUCCUUGAACCGACAACCGUCCUCCUCAGUUCCCCAGACUUUGUACUGUAACUCGGAUUAACUGAGUCACUUCCAAACCUCAUCUUUUCCAAACUAUCUCAACCUUUUGAGGUUUCCUAUUGCAGUAUGACUGAGUAAAAGGGUACGUUCAGUCCAAACCCUGAGCUCCCUGCUUCGCCUCCCGCCUGCAGUUUAACGGAGGAUAUGAUCUGUUAGUGUAAAUACUGUAAAUAUCACUCUGUCUGUUGGUGUUUGUCUGUGUGAGUCAGUUGUGAAGUAGGGAAACAGUAGCAACAAAAUAAAUACUUUCAGUGAAAAGAAACAAUUUCAUCGUAGACAAGAUGUGUCGGCACAUCCCAGAGAAAACACGUUUUUCUUCAAGAUUUUCAUGACCCAAAAAAAAAAGAUUUUCCACUCAGACAUCGAAACAUUUCCACGUUAAAAAACAUGUUUUCACUUGAAUCUUCCACAUUCAUGGAAAAGGACCCAAAAGAAAAAAAACAAGAGUCAAGGUUUCAAGAAGGUGGUUUGACGGAAUAUUAGCGUUACCUUAAAGAAAAAAGUGAGAUUAAAAGAUCAGAGUGAAGAGGUAAAUACUGAUAGUUUAAAAAUAAAGUCAAAGUGGUAAAAAAAAUUGUCAAAAUAUCAGAAAAAGUCACAAUAGUGUGAGACUAAAUGAGAAAGUUCCUGCGAGAAAAACAGGAAUUUACCGUAUGGAUCUCUCUCCUUAUAUGGUCAUGUGUCUGGGAUGUGAUGUAGGUCAUCUUCCAAUCAUAGCGCUUCAUCCACGUACCCAUCUUAUUGUCUGUCACUGUUUAUAAGGAUAACCAAACAUGGAGGAAACUGCGUGUGUUUGUGUAAAUAAGCGUGUGAGGGUGUUCACGAUUUUCAUGUUUAACUUAAAAUGACGGAGGCGGAACGUACGAGGUUCACGAUGUGUGAGUGUGCCUGCGUUAAGGAAAAGGGGGUGGGGUCAUUAAACUUGAGAAGUGUCAGAAAUGAGUUGACCUGAUGGAGUGUUCAUGACCGUACCUUGACCUUAGAAACUAGCACGACCUUUCCAUGGCCUUGACCUUUAGCCUGAGGCAACGAUGAAGAGUUUGGCGAGGACAUUUGGUGAAGACGUGUUGUAGAUUUGGUAUCAAUACCUUCAUGAAUAUCAAUCAAUUUUGGUCAAAUUGAAAGAUUUUUGAUUCUGGUUUCUGUUGGUAGUCUGACCUCCGAUUUCCACCGCAUCCAGAACGGCUACGAAAAGGUCGUAUCUGCCGAUUGCAGCUGAUCGUAACCAUUCAAGUUAACGUGUCAAUUUCCACCGGCUUCUUUCCGUUCUGCUACGGAUCACCGGACUUCGCAGCUGAUCGCAAGAGUUCUAUUUUUUCCGGACGCUGGAGCACAACGGAUAAAUUCAGCACAGAUUAACCCGUGCUGGAAAGGAAGUCGGGCACAGACACGAAAUAAAACAUCCGGCUUCUUUUCAAAAUAAAACACCCUGUACCUCACACCAUGCAAACGGGCAGGACAAGACGAACAAGUGAAAGGUUUUUAGACGUCAUUUCACCCUGAUGACACCAUGGAUGAUGCAGAUUCUAGAAGUUGAGAAGUAGAUUUCCUCCUCUAGAAGGACACAAUUGACACGUGAAUCCACGGGUUCCGCCACGAAAGUUGCCUCACCAACGGAUCCAGUAGGAAUUGGUGGAUAGCGACAAUCGCUGCCAUUCCAGAUUGGAUCCAGGGUUAAGAUUUCCAGAAUGCACCAGAAAUCAGAAUCUGAUCAUUCAAAAAACUACUGUUGAAAAGUUAUUUUCUUCACAAAGAUCAACUUUUUGCAUAAAAUCUUAAAAAGCCACUGAACUGAUAUUUUGUGAUGUUUGCAGACAAAUAGAGCUCUUCAGAUACGUUAAAUAAAAGUAGUGAAGAAAAAGUCUCCAAGUAAAAUCGUUGUUCGCUGCGCUUAUGCCAAUAGCGCAGAUAACAUUAGGGUAUCAUCAAUGUAUCGAAUUCCCCCACCAUGAUUUGACUCUUCACACCGCACCGUCUACAACAAACGUCCAAACUCUUCAAUUGUUGGCUCGACCUUUGACCUUCUAUGCCUGCUCUGAGCCCAGUCGUCUUAAUUCUUUUCUCUUUGCUUUAAACCAAACCAAAAGGAGCCUUGUGUUCAUGCUGUUAGCGGAGCAGCCACACCGGGGUCGAACAGUUACUGGAAUCCUUCACGAUUCCUUUGUGAACGCACUUUCUGAAACGAUUCAGGACCAAAUUUUAGCAUCUGUUUGGCAUAAACUCGAUCAAAGCCUGACCCCUAGUAUCUUUUACAGCCAGUGUUGUGUGACGUGAUUUUGGACGACAUUUGGAAGAAGUUUUACUCCUUUGGAUGGAUGCUAGAGUACCGAUUUUAAGAUUGCUAACAUACCAUAAAACUUCAAUUCGUAGCCCAGGCUUUUAUUCGUCUCAGCUGACAAACUCAAAGCGGAAUUUGCUUUUUUACGUUUAAUUUACCUAGCUAACAAAAAAUAACGAUCACAUGAUAUUUAUAUUUAAAUAUUGGGAACUCAUGGGACAUGGAUGCAGCUUUGAUUUACAGGCAAACAGAUCCUUUUUAAGACAAUCCAUCUGGUUACGAAAAACUUGACGUACGCGGUGAUUUAAGAGGCGUUUCACCCCGGGUGGCUGCAGCUUUUAGGCCCUUUGUGUGUUUAUCCGAUGCAGUGUCAGUGUGUGUGCGAUCAUUUCACAUCAUGCCUCAUUUUAGACAAAUAUUCUUUGAAUAAGUGCAGUAGUCAAAGAAUUCAGAAACAAACCAGGCUAGUUUUCCUGAAAUUUAUCUCUACGUUUGUGCAGUCUUAGAAAUCUUGAACCUGGAAGCUAAAACAUGAAUAUUAAGAAGCCAUUUGAAAAAGUGUUUCUCUUAAAAAAACUUUCUGUAAGCUGUCCUGGAAAACUGAGAAAAACUUCACUGAGUUUUUAUAAAUCCAGAAUAAAGUUCGGAUCAUUCAGAGGUAUUUAGGAAAACUGGUCCUGUGUAGAAGUGGAGGGAGAUUUGGGAGCCAACAGUGUUUGGGAACAUGUUGUAGACAUGUUUUUAUGCUAACAAUGAUCUGUAAUGUGACGUGUGUUUAUAUGAAACAUGUAUGUUUGUCAGGAUCAGGGUGGAAACGUUCAAACUCUGACUGGAAUGAGAAAAAUGAAAUCAACUGUGAAAAUAAACACUGAUGCAGUGGCAUCACGUUGACCUGCUGUGUGGUUGUUGAUGUUUUUCCUUUGGAUUGACUUUAUAUGAAGGUUUUUUAAUUUUAUGGGAUUUCGUGAUGAAAAAAUGUUGGACAAUUUACACUUAAAUAAUCAGACAGCCCUUUGUCACCGGUUUUGUUCAGAACCUUUAUGGACAGAAUUUCGCGUCGCUUCUUUUUGCGGAUGAUGUGGUUCUUCUAGCUUCAUCGAGCAGUGACCUUCAGCUCUUGCUGGGGCGGUUCGUGGCCGAGUGUGAAGCAGCUGGGAUGCGAAUCAGCACCUCCAAGUCCGAGGCCAUGGUCCUCAGUCGAAAAAAGGUAGAUCACCUUCUCCAGGUCGGAGGGGCGGUCCUGCCUCAAGUGGAGAAGUUCAAGUAUCUCGGAAUCUUGUUCAUGAGUGAGGGUAGGAUGGAACGGGAGAUCAACAGGCAGAUUGGAGCGGCAUCAGCAGUGAUGCGGACGCUUAACCGAUCAGUCGUGGUAAAGGAAGAGCUGAACCAUAAGGCAAGACUCUUGAUUUACAGGUCGAUCUACGUGCCGAUCCUCACCUAUGGUCAUGACCUUUGGGUAAUGAUGGAAAGAACAAGAUCGUGGAUACAAGCGGCCAAAAUGGGUUACCUUUGCGGGCUCUGCCUUAGAGAUAGGGUAAGGAGCUCGGACACUCGGGAGGCGCUCAGAGGAGAACCGCUGCUCCUCCACGUCCAGAGGAGUCAGCUGAGGUGGCUCAGGCAUCUGGUUAGGAUGCCUUCUGGACGCCUCCUGUUAGAGGUGUUCCAGACAUGUCCCACUGGGAGGAG